AUGCGCUCAAAAUACAAUUUGUUUAUCGCCGUUGAAUUAUUUUCCGUCCUUACGAGGAUUGACGGCUCAAAAUUGAAAAAUGCGACGAGGACGGACUUGGAAUUUUGCAAAGUCUCGCAAUUUGGGACUGAAUAUCGGGGGAGGACUUACGAGACUUCCGGAGGAAUCAGGUGUCAAUUUUGGCAUGGGGAAGAUCAACUCCACGACGUCAAUCCCGCGUUGAAGGACGGGGAUUUUCCGGAGCAAUCGAUGCGUUUCGCGAAAAAUUAUUGUAGAAAUCCGACAGGAGAUGCCAGAGGUCCUUGGUGCUACACCACAGAUCCUAGUUUAAUCGACGACGAGUGCGGUAUUCCCCUCUGCAAUUUCGGUGAAUGUAGAAUCACCGGUGGUGGUGCAGAGUACGGUGGAAGCCGAGAGACAUCAUCCUCUGGGAGAAAAUGCAAGUCCUGGAAUAAGCGGUACAAAACGGUGAAUGGGAAGACUGAGAAGUUUUCGAAUCGUAAUUAUCCGGAGUCCUCCAAAGAAAAAGCGAAGAAUUACUGCAGAAAUCCUGAUGACAAUCCUGGGGGGCCUUGGUGCUACGUCGAGGAGGAGGAUUAUGAGCUCGUUGAGAGGGAAUACUGCGACGUGCCCUUCUGCGAUGACAGGGACUGCCUGGUGUACACCAGGAAUUCGUCGACGUAUUCGACGAUUACUUCGAUGAAUUCGACUGCUGGGAACAUGACGAUUUGGGUGAAGCUGUGGGACCCUGAUGAUGAAAUCAAGGGUGAAGCUCGAUUAUUCCUCAGUCUCUUGCCCAUCCCCACAUCUCCAAAAAUCCUCGCGGACGACUGGCGUGCGGGUAGUGAUCUCCUGAUAUCAAAUUCGGGAUCUGGUCAAAUUCACCCCGGGUUCGAAGAUGACGAUGAUCUAGAGCCAACUCCCAGCAUCCUCCGGAGCACCAACUGGACGGGAUUGUCCGUGACCUGGGGCGGUGGUUUUAUUUCUGUGAGCCUCCUGGGCUCGGUGAAACCCAUAUUUAUCGACGAAUAUGGAAAGAAGAAUACCAUCUCCGGCCUCUACGAGAACAGUUUCUUUUAUUAUGGGUUGAUGGGGACUGGUGUCUUGUGGAGCACCGACUACUGCCUCCAAUCCUGCGAAAUUCAUACGACUUAUGGUAUGGAUUUCCAGAGGAUCUGGCCCUUUCAGCGGAGCAAUACAACGUAUGACAUCGCCUUCGAGAAUAGUCAGUUAUUGACUUUAAGCUACCAGGAGUCGGAGAAAUCCGGGAAGCAGCAAUUGACUGAAGUGUCUAGUUCAAAUCUCUUGGACUUCUGGAUUUGGAAGCAUUUUACCAUUUCGAUCUUCGGCCCUCACUUGCGUUUAUUUUCUGAGAAGCAUUACGGAAAUGAAGAGAUUCUUUACGCGAAGGAGCAUGUCUUCAGCACCCUCAGGUGGUUCAGCAUCGGGUCAGAAGAUGUGAUCGCCCAUUGGGCCCUAUAUUGUGCACCUGGAGAGGAUGAUGCUGUGGAGGUGCCCUCGCCUCCCAACUGUCUGUCCAAUCCCCGAGAUUAUUUGUAUCAGGGAACGCAGUGGAUCAGUGAAGAAGGUGAACCCUGCGUUCCCUGGAUUUCCAAGGAUGCCUCAAACAAAUGCCGCAAUCCAGGUCACGAUCCCAAAGGGCCGUAUUGUUACACCAAAUCGUCUUCGGGGUUGAAGAAGAAAUACUGCUCCAUUCGCGGAUGCAGAUCUUCGGAAUGCAGAACCGCGGGGACCGCUAAUGACUACAUCGGAACCCUUUCUGUCACGAGAUCAGGUCGCACCUGCGCCGUCUGGGUGGUUGAUGAAGACGAGGGUGGAUAUCUUCCUGGAGGGCCAUCUUCCCUCGGAAAAAUUCAAAAACGAAAGCGAAAUGUUAAUGAUUAUGAAGAUGAUGAUAGGUUGAUAACUCUGGCGUCUUAUCCUGAUGAUCUUCCUGAGAUAAAGUCAUCGUCAACAGGCAGGUCCACUCCUUCAAAGGGAAGCCCGGAUAACGGCGAAGACUAUGAAGAUGAUAACGUGCUGAUAACCAUGCCAAAAUAUCUUGACGGUCUUCCGGAAAAGUCGUCUUCAUCAACAGAGAAGACAACUCCUUCAACUCGAAAGACGACUGUAAAGGAAACAACAACAAAACGAAGUGGAAAUUUUGAGGAAGACUAUGAGGAUGAUAAUGUAUUGAUAACAAUGCCGCAAUUUCUCAAUGAUCUUCCGGAAAAGUCGUCUUCAUCGACAGAGAAGAGAAUUCCUUCGACUCAGAGGACAACUAUAAAAAAAACAACCACAGGACGAAGUAAAAAUCUUGAGGAAGACUAUGAAGAUGAUGAUGUGUUGAUAACAAUGCCGCAAUUUCUUAAUGAUCUCCCGGAAAAGUCGUCUUCAUCAACAGAGAAGACAACUUCUUCAAAGAAGACAAUUCCUUCAACUCAGAGGACGACUAUAAAAGAAACAACCACAGGACGAAGUAAAAAUCUUGAGGAAGACUAUGAAGAUAAUGAUGUGUUGAUAACAAUGCCGCAAUUUCUUAAUGAUCUCCCGGAAAAAUCAUCUUCAACAACAGAGAGGACAAUUCCUUCAACUCAAAAGACAACUCUCCAAGAGACGACAGCAGAAAGAACAACAGAAACAACAACAAAGAUCUCUCCAACCUCUACGACACUAAAGCAAACGACAAAAACGACAACAAAAGCUCCCUUGACUUCAACAACAACAGAAUCACCAACAGAAACAACAAUAAAACCAACAACAAAAUCAUUCACGACGCCCAGUAGUAAAAAUGAGUACGCGAGACGUCCAAAUGACGGAAUCCCUCGUGAACAUUUCAAUGAAACCCUCUUCCCCGAGCAAAAUGCCAGAAAUGCCAGCAAUUACUGUCGUGAUCCCUCCCGAAAUAUCGCCGGUGCCUGGUGCUACACCACUGAUCCAGAUGUUCCCCAGGAUCUCUGCGACGUACCCGAUUGCGAUAAAUCCGACGAUUGCAUUUCACUCGUGAAGGGACAGGAGUCAAAACGCAAGUUCUAUAUUUUUCCUGAACAUCGCUCCGAGGGCCUGCGCUUCGCCCUGAAGGCAUGGGAGCCAGACAAUCCGGAUUCCAUAACUUUUACAUUCAGCGCUGAAGAUGGGAUCAGGGCGAGGUACAUCCUCAAGGUCGGGGCCAUGAAUAACGAGAAGGUUUUGCUUUAUCGACAGCUGGGGGAAAAAAGUGUUGAGCUGCUGAAGAAGAAGACGCUCCCUCAUUUGUUGUAUUUAGGAAAAUGGAGCAGUUUUGUUAUAAAAAUACCUCGGGGAAAAAUUCAGGUCUUCUACGAGGAGUCCCCGAAUGCUCUCUUCGAGUGGGAGGAUCCUGAGCCGGCGAAAGCAUUUCUUCCGGUCUAUUAUUCGUUUGCCAGUGAAUUGGGGAACACCAUAGGAGUCUCUUUCGAUUGUCUGUCUCAUAAUGCAAUUAAUUGUGAUUUUUUAAACAAUUCUCUUUCUUGGAUUGCUAUUAGGGUGCCUCGUGGAAAAUACAGAGACCGAGAGAUUUACGAGGAUAAUCCCGAUAAAAUCGAAGACCCAGAGGAUCGAGCUGAUGAUCAGGGCGAUGGGGACAUCGACGGGGACCCGAUAGACGGUGGCUGGUCAGAAUGGAGUCCGUGGGCGUGCAGUGCAAGUUGCAACGGUGGCGUCGGCACCAGGAAACGUCACUGCAAUAAUCCUGAGCCAAACGUCAAGGGUGAGCCGUGCAUGGGCCCCAGCGCAAUGACAGGAACAUGCAAUACUAUAUUGUGCGGGGACAUAACCGAGGAUACAGUAACGAUGAUAAAACGUCGGGCCCGUAGAAAUCACACGUCAUUGGUGAUAAAUGAGGGCCAGGGGAUCGUCAUCACCGCAGACUCCGACGUUAUCGACGCAAUCACACGGGAAUCCCCUGAUUCCGAAAUCAAUUGGUCCCACAAUGGCAUAUUCAUUCAUCCCGAUGAGCGGAGAGUGCAAAUAAUCGAUCACGAUAUUGUAAUAAAACGAAGUGAGGUGAAUGACUCGGGCGUCUACACCAUUACCCUCCACCGACUAGACGGAACUCAUAUGAUUUUAAAACUGGUGAGCCUCGGUGUACUUCCAGUGAGGACAAUCCUCACCCUCAGGGAGACCCUUCCCAUGACGGUUGUCUGUCGUUGCGUUGUCAUCGGGUACCAGUACAACGACCUGAGGAUCACCUGGAGCAUCAACAACAGGAUGUGGAAGGAUUACGGAAUUACCCAUCCGAUUUCCGUUAAUGUCGAUCAAAUUCCAGCGGUUAAUAAGACACACAGGGGUCUCUGGAGGUGUGUUGUUAGACAGGACGACCUGGGAUUCACCUGGACGACAAAUUCUAUUUUUGUUAAUGUCAUUGGACCGCCGAAUUGGAGGACACAUCUGAUGGAGGAUAGACUCACUAGACCCAUAUUUGGGUGGAUGCCCAGUGAGCAAUUUGUCGCAGCUAGUGCUUUUGUCAUUUUUUUUUUACUCACCGCCUCCAUCAUCUCCGGGACGAUCGUCUAUCUGAGGUUCCAGAGGAGUCUGGAAGGGGCGAUGUCUUCGGCGACUGAGAGCCAGAGGAGGCUGAACAUCAGGACGGAGAAGACUCCCACCAGGAAGAAAGUCUUCGAUCGCUUCCAGAAUCUAUCGAUCAGGAAGACAAAGCGGGAAAGAGACCGGGAGAAAUUACUUCCGUCUUCUCAGGACGAAUGA